AUGCCUUCUAUCUCACCGCUACCCAUCACUACCCCACCCACAGAACAAGGCGAAUCCUCCGCAGACGUAGCCACCUCCUCGGCCCUCGAGUCUACCCAGCCCUCUUCCUCUCCCCCCGCCUCUACCUCGGCCGCACAAUCCUCGGCGUCUCCUUCCGAGGCCGCCUCCUCGUCCGUCUCCCCUUCCUCCUCUCCGUCCGCUUCCCCCAGCGAACAGCCGUCGACAUCAGCCUCGGCCAGCCCGUCACCGAGUACCAGUGCAGAAGAAAGCAGUGCUGCGCCAAGCACGAGCCAACAACCUAGUUCGACACAGCAAAGCUCUACUGCCGCUUCAUCGACAGAGUCUUCGUCGCCUGGCACCUCUUCGAGCGUGGCCCCGAGCUCAUUGUCGUCGUCUGAUUUUGUCGCUCCCAGCGAUACUUCAUCCAGCGCACCACUAACGUCCUCUGCCCCCACUAGUUCGCAAGUGCAGAGCUCCGCUGCCCCGUCUUCUUCGUCAUCGUCCGUGGCCCCAGUCGUCCUGACUUCGACCGAUACCUCGACCGCGAGCUCUGCGUCGGGCGAGACGACAGCCACGAGCGCCCUCUCGGUGACCACCACAGAUGCAUCUGGCAAGACGGUCACCACCGCGCCCUCCGUCCUCACACAGGCUCUGACUUCAACCGAUUCAGCCGGAAAAAUCUACACUGUCACCCAAAUCGUACACAACCCCUCCUCCACCGGUACCUCCAACGCGGCCGCAGGAGAUGAAGGCUUCUUUAGCAAUACAGGAGCCGUGGCCGGGACAUUUGUGGCUGUGGGUCUUGUGGCAAUGUUGGGGAUCAUGUCGUUUGUCAUAUUCAUGCUCCGUCGAAGGAGACGACAGCGUCUCGAUAGAGAUGUUGCCGCAGCUGCUUCUGCCGCCAAUCACCACCACGACCGAUCGGGCUAUGAUGAUGACGAAGAGGCGCCUGCUAUCGCAUCAUAUGGCGAUCAGCCCGCCAUGGCCCAGUACGGUGGCCACUAUGCUGCCACCACACCGAGCGGUACCGACAUCUACUCUCAGCCCCAGCCCAGCAAUGGCCAGUACCAAGACUACGAAGACCCCACUGGCGGGUAUGAUGGGUACGACCCGUACGCUGUCAAUCUCGUUAAUAUGGCGCCUCAGGGUGGUGAUAGAGCCUCUACUGCUACGGAUGCGGGUAUGGCAGGAUUUGGCGCUACUAGCGCUCAGGUGGACUACUCACCUGAGGACCCUUACGUGCACGAUCCCAGCGCGCAAGAGUACAUGUCCGACCCCCACCAUCCUCAGCCAGACUUUUCUGUCCCUGCCCCUCCGCCGCCGACGGCGGGCAACUACUACUACUUUGACCCGAGCCAGGCUUAUGCCUAUGCGGAUGAUGGGGUCUAUGGCGGAUACGAGGACCCAGCCGGACAAGGACAGGGGCAUGGUCAAGACAACUGGGAGCAGCCAGUAGCGGGGCGCAGACGUGCGGGAAGCGAGGGAAGUGUCGCUGCCAAGCCCGGGGAUGAGCGAGGGCUCACAAUCGCAAACGUAUAA